CGUGACGUCACUCACCAACAUGGCGGACUGGAAUAGAGGUCAUGGCUCUGUGGACGACAUGCUUGAUGCUGAAAACAAACGACUGGCAGAGAACCUGGCCACCAAAGUGUCCAGACUGAAGUCUCUGGCAUACGACAUUGACAGAGAAGCUGAGGAUCAGAACGAGUAUCUGGACAACAUGGACUCAAACUUCCUGAGUGCAACAGGCCUCCUGAGUGGCAGCGUGAAGCGUUUCUCCACCAUGGUCCGAUCCAACAGAGACAAUCGCCGCAUCCUCUGUUAUGUCUCUGUGGGUCUGGUCCUGGUCUUCUUCCUGUUCUACUACCUGGUCUCCAGGAUUCAACACUGACAUUAAAACCAGAUCAGCCAGGAGCUGGUCCUGAUGUGGAGCUUAGACUUUUGACUCGUUAUGUCUAAUGGAUUUAAAUUAUCCCUGUGAUUUUCCUGCACAGGAGAAGACUUUUUAUUCUGCACCAAAGAGAGGAAAAUAUACAGGAAACAGACAGAAAACAUGUUUGAAUUGUUGAACUGACCAGCAAGGGGUGUUGGAAAUAUCAGUCAUGGUCAUACCAACAAUGUUGGAAUCUCUUAAAAAAAGAAAACAACAUGCCUGGACUUCAGGGUUUUCUGCUUGACAUCUCCUUUGGUCUCUCCUGUUGCAAGCCAGGAAGUCCUAAAAUGGGCAAAGAGAGGGCAAAACCCGAGUGCAGAUGGGGAGUGGUACCCAACUUAACUGAGUGUGAGAGGCAGAUGAAACUCAGUUACAACAAAUGUGCCCCAGGACAUAAGGUUCAUGAGAGUAGCUGUCUCAGUUCCAGACUACACAAUAAUUUAAAACUGUUUUUUUUUUAUUGCAGCCAGUCUGUUCACAUUGCACAAUUAAUCUAAAAUAUAUAUUGUAAGCUAAAAAAAAAAAAACCUCAAAAUUUGAGUAUGCUGUUGAUGUCAGAAAGCAAAGGAAAUUAAGGGAGAACUCAUAUCUGCAAACAAUCAUAAUAAAUUUAAAUUUUGGGAGUGAGACAGCUACAGAAAGGUCAAGAAACAUUGUUCUUUUUCUUUGCAAAGUUUAAUUGCUAGUAUUAUUCAAAGGUCAAAGUUGACUGAGGUCGGCACACAUUAUUAUUUGCCACCAGUGCGUAAGAGUAAAGAUUUUAAGGAUGUUGUGUAGCAGCAAAAUCACAAUUGAAAAGUAAUAUCCACUGUCUGCCAAUUUGUAUGUAGUGUGGAACUGGAACAAAGAAGGUGACUCUUGGACAUUUUAAUGUUAACAGAAGACUGCCGUUGACUGAUAGGAGACAAGGCUACAGCCAAUUUAAAACUACAUUCAAACUGUUCAGUUUCAGUUGUAUUUCAGUUUAGUUUAAUGGACAGUUUUGUAGACAGUUUGCAGCUAAGCCUGUUUCCUUCUGAUUAUUAACAAUAGAUGUAGGGAUCUGUCCUGUUCAUGGUUUAUAGGGACACUUUGUUUAUAAAAUCUUUGUCUUUUUUACUCCAAAUUCAGUUGGUAAUGGAAACUGAGGGGGAUUUAAAAGGAUUAAAAAGAAUUUCCUUUCUCUAUGUGUUCACAUUCCAGGUUCUUGACUGAUGAUCAGCCAGAGCAGACAUUUGAUAAUUAUUAAUAGACAUACAAUAAAUGGUUUUAAUUGUG